AUGUUUGUAUUGUCAACGAUAAAGGACACCGUCGCCCUCCAACCGUCAACUUUUGCACUUCCGGCAGAACAAGCAAUAAUUAACGAACUGAACAAGAAGUAUGCAAAUAGGGUGCUCCACGACGUCGGUUUAUGUAUAUGCGUAUUUGACAUAGCACAGGCUGGCGAAGGAAAAGUAAGGUACGGUGACGGAUGUCUUUGGCACAGAGUGGUCUUCCGAAUGGUAGUAUUCCGCCCCUUUUCCGGAGAAGUGAUUUUAGCGAAAGUAAAGUCCUCUGAUGAAGAAGGAAUUCGAUUAUCCAUAGGCUUCUUUGAUGAUAUGCAUAUACCUCCUUCUUACCUACCGGCUCCUUCAGCUUUCGAUCCAAGUGAACGAGCGUAUUUCUGGAUUGCUAAACAUGCACCGCUCGAAGAAGAUCCAGAACACGUCUGCACUCAGCACGAGUUAUUAGAUACACCGACUUCCGAGCGCAUGUAUAUCGACACCGGAGAAGUUCUUCGUGUACGCGUUGAGACUGACGAAUUCUACGAUGACGAGCCGGGGCCACCUAGAGCAUCCGAGGGUGUCAUGUCCACGAAAGCAGAACGCCGGAGACCCCCGUACAGUAUCAUAUGUUCUAUUGCGGAACAGGGCCUCGGACCGUUAGCGUGGUGGCAGGGUCAACCUGUCUCUGGGGAUCAAACGGAGGACAAUGGAGGUGGCGAUGGCGAGGACGGCAUGGACGAGGGCUAAAGAAUUACGAAUUCUGACUACGCAUGAAUUAUACGACUUAUUCAUUCGUUGACUGGCGCUCCUGGAAUAUUGGUAACGGUCUCUAUCUAUACAAGUCUUUGUAUUUGGAUGACCGCGACAUACCGAAAUUUGGCCGCUCAUCUCGAUUUCUGUGUCCUAACGAAACGCCUACCCUGAUACCCUGACACAGCUGAUCGCCCCCGCGAGACCCGAUACCACCGUUGUUGCAUCCAAGUUGUUAUAAGUAUUAUGCCGGCACUCCACCGUCGGCAGUGAUCAUUGCGGUGUCCUGGAGCUAUCUACCCGUCUUACAUACCCCGCGCCUCGUCCUCACCGGACCGAUAAUCUGGGAUAUCAGAUUGUUUAUAACUUCAGC